UGGAGGUCGGCUUGACAGAUUUUGCGUCCCGUACAGGUUGUCAGUAGUCAGGAUACCGGUCCUGAGGGGAAAGCAUCCACACAUCUGCAUUCCCUCGCCUGUGUCCAGUAAGCGUUUUUAAAGAAGAGCAGGAAAAGGUGCCGUUGGGAAAAAAAAGCUGAGAUGUUAUUAUGCAGUGUGUAGAUUUUUGUCUUAUUACAGUUCGGAGGCACUGACAGACACCUGAAUGACUGAACUAAUUCUCUGGAUUGAGUAUGAGUAGAAUGCAAAAACCCUUGCAGUGACAGAAGGUUGUCAGAAAACUCUGUCAUUAUGUCAACUGUAUUUGUAUUUCUGAAAUAAACAUGAUGAAAGCAGAAGCAUCGAUGGAAAGGACAACACUCCGAAGUGCCUCUCCUCACCGGAAUGCUUACAGGACUGAGUUCCAAGCACUAAAAAGCACCUUUGACAAACCUAAAAUUGAUGGUGAAGAGAAUCCCAAAGAUGAGUCAGGAAACUCUCAACAGACUAGGGGGAGGAAAUAUGGAUCCCAUGUCAACAGAAUCAAGAACAUGUUUAUGCAGAUGGGGAUGGAGCCCAAUGAAAAUGCUGCAUCACAUCCCAAGUCAAAACCUAAAGGAGAUGCACCACCACAAAAAAUAGCUAAACCUCAUUCACUUUUUGAAAACUCAGAUCAUACUGCUGCUAAACUGGAUUCAGCGGUUUCAGAGAGAAUUAGUAGAUGUGAUACAAAACAUGAUGGCCCCUCUUAUUCUAAGUUUACUGAAACUCGAAAAAUGUUUGAACGUAACAGCUGUGAAGCCGCAUUUUUGAACCAGUAUUCCUUAAAAAAGGAAAGGAAAGGAUCUAAUGAAUUCUUGGAUGAGUGGCAUGGGUCUAAGUCUAGCAGGGGAAGCACAGAUUCAUUGGACAGUCUAAAUUCAAGAACGGAAGUGGUUUCCCCAACAGUAAGCCAGCUCAGUGCAGUAUUUGAAAAUGUCGAUCCAAGUAACAUAAAAAUCAUUGAAAAGUCUAGUAAAGAAGAUCAGUAUUCUGUAACUGGACCGUAUCCAUUCAGUGCAUCCCCCAACAGACUCACCCCAGAUGAAGAUGAUGACAUUUCUAGAUCAAAACCAACAGCAGAUAAAAAGACUUACUGUGCUGUGGAACAGAACUCAAAACCAGUCAGCACUUGUAAUUCUCAGCUAAACAUACCACCUUCAACUUGCAGCACUGGGGUCACUGUAAAUACUUCCGCAGAGUCAAACAGAGAACAGGAAAUAAAAAUAAACAAUGAAGAGACUCAUAGCCCUGUUGAGCAUUCAUGUAAAGAAGAAAUGACUAACAUCACAAGUGAAGUUGGGUUUGCUGAUUUCAGUACUGGAAACCUUGAAAAUAAAGUGCCUGAUACAUCUGGGAAUCAGCAGUAUUUUAGCUCCGAAGAUUUGAAGGCCGCUGUUGUUAGAGCUGAAAUUGUGGCCGUUCAGAGAGAUUCAUCAACAAGUGAAGAAUCAGUUACUGAUGUUAUUGCCGAUGCUUCACACCCCUCACCAGUGGACACAAGGGAAAAGGUGGCCACAGAGAACCUUUUUAUUCAGCAGAGGUAUGGAUUUAGUGAUGGUGAUGUGUACAGGAUACAGGGUGGCUAUAAUUCCUUGUGGGGGGAAACAUGCACAGAACAGGAUGACAGGCAGUAUAGUGAUGAGGAUGAAGAAGAAGAUGAUGAUGACGAUGAACAUGACUAUGAGCCAGACACAGGAUUUACUGAAAUUUCUGGUUUGCCAGAUGAGGAAGAUGCUCCAGAAAACAGAAAAAUUAAAUUCAGCACUGCCCCUAUAAAAGUUUUCAACACGUUCUCAAAUGAAGACUAUGACAGGAGAAAUGAUGACAUAGACCCUGUUGCUGCCUCAGCAGAGUAUGAACUUGAAAAGCGUGUGGAAAAGCUGGAUCUUUUCCCAGUAGAACUUGAAAAAGAUGAUGAUGGCCUUGGCAUUAGUAUUAUAGGCAUGGGCGUUGGAGCAGAUGCAGGCCUGGAGAAACUGGGCAUAUUUGUUAAGACAGUUACAGAAGGUGGUGCAGCACAGCGAGAUGGCAGAAUCCAAGUAAACGACCAGAUUGUGGAAGUGGAUGGAAUCAGCCUUGUUGGGGUCACCCAGAGUUUUGCUGCAACUAUUCUUAGGAACACCAAAGGAAAUGUCAGGUUCUUGAUUGGAAGAGAAAAACCAGGGCAAAUCAGUGAAGUUGCCCAGCUUAUCAGCCAAACUCUAGAACAAGAGAGGCAUCAGAGAGAACUUCUAGAACAGCAGUAUGCACAGUAUGAUGCAGAUGACGAUGAGACAGGUGAAUAUGCCACUGAUGAGGAGGAUGACACAGGCCCUGCCAUCACUACCGCAGAAAUGGCAAUUGAAGUGUUUGACCUGCCUGAAGGAACAGAUAUGUUCUCACCUACUGAAAUAGAUGCCGCAAAACUGGCUCACAAAUUCAAAGAGAUGCAAAUCAAGCAUGCAGUCACAGAAGCUGAAAUUCAGAAACUAAAGAGCAAGUUGCAGGCUGCAGAGAAUGAGAAGAUUCGAUGGGAACGAGAGAAAACACAGCUCCAGUACAGCAUUGAGGAAAACAAGGACAGAAUGCUGAAGCUGGAAACUUACUGGAUCGAGGCUCAAACCCUCUGUCACACUGUCAAUGAACAUCUGAAGGAAACCCAGAGCCAGUAUCAGGCUCUGGAGAAGAAAUACAAUAAAGCAAAGAAACUCAUCAAAGAUUUCCAGCAAAAGGAGAUUGAAUUUAUUAAACGCCAAGAAGUUGAAAGAAAAAAGCUGGAAGAACUUGAGAAAGCCCAUCUAGCAGAAGUUCAGAGUCUCCAAGCUAGGAUCAAGUUAUUGGAGGCUGAGGUCUACCGACUCAUGAAACAAAAUGGAACACAGAUGAACAACAAUAAUAAUAUUCUAGAAAGUAGAACAACCCUGGGUCUUCAGCUAGAAAAUGUUGAAGGUGUUGACUCGCUGCAGUCUUCUUGCCUUGAUGGGCCUGGUGAAGUUUUUAAUGAAGCAGUUCCAGAGACUGAGCGAUUGGACAGUAAAGUACAAAAAACUAGAGCCCAGAUUGCCGUAAAGAAUAAACGCCAGAAACCUUCCAGGACUAGACUGGGUGACAGUAUCAGUUCUACAGACGGUGAGGACAGCAGUGAAAAGAAGCCUUCUGAUGGCUUCGGCAGCCCUCUUCACAGUGCCAAAUCUCCCCUUCCCAUGUCCCUCCGAACCAAUUCACCAGCUUCAGAUUCUGGUGCCUCUUCCUUGUCCCCACUUGCCACCAGCUCAACAUUUUCAUUUGAAAACGUUGCUGAAAAUCAAGAUGAAGAACACCUACAGAGCAGAAAAGCCUCGUCAUUUGAUACCUUUGGAGACACUCCAGUUUCAUCUCCUUCAAAGUCCUGCCAAAGCUCAGAAACAUCACCUCCUCAAGACUCCAGAAAAAAACAUGAUGAUGCCAAAGACUACAACUUUGCAACCAGUCCCACUGCUGAUCAGGAUGGGAAGGAGAGAAGACGGUUUGAAGAUCUGGGGGGACCUAUAAGAAGAAGUUCAAAUAAAGGAAAAAAGGAGAAAGACAAAGAAAAGGAAACAAGCAGUUUGUCAUCAGUGAGCAGAGCUUCAAAGGAGACACUGGACAGCUCUACAAGUAAUCCAUCUUUAGAAGAGCAGCCCACCUCUGGCCCACCAUUUAUACCAUUUUCUUGGAAAGGAGACAAUGGUCAAGGCUCAAAUUCAUCUAGCAACCUACCAUCGCCUGAUAGCUCCACAGAACCCUCCUCAGAGAAUGUUAGUCCAGAAAAACGAAAGCCUAAGAAUUUCGCAUUCAAUGAUGACUUUAGUCCAAGUAGCACUAGUUCUGCAGAUCUGAGUGGUUUGGUAGCAGAACCCAAAGCAAUGGGGAGGUCCCAUACCUUAGUGCUGUCUUCAGAUGAAAGCCUCGACAUGAUAGAUGAUGAGAUUCUCGAUGAUGGGCAGUCGCCAAAGCAUAACCAGUGGCAUAAUCGGGCAGUUUCUGAAUGGAGCACGCAACAGGUUUCACAUUGGCUGCUUGGACUGAACAUGGAACAACAUAUCCCAGAAUUCACCGCCCAGAACAUAGAUGGAGCACAACUAAUGCAGUUAGAUGGGACCAAGCUCAAGGCCCUCGGUGUCUCUGCCUCUCAUGAGCGAGCAGCAAUUAAAAAGAAAUUAAGAGAAUUAAAAUCCUGUAUUGAGAAGGCUCGAAAGACAGAGGAAAAAAAGGAAAAACAGCGUGAAAGGCUGAGAAAGAAAGAGCAACAACAACAGCAAAAGAAGGCCAGAAAAGCAGGCUUGCCAGACAUACACUGAAACAAAUGUGAGUCAAAGGAACAGCAAUUGAAAGAUACGAACUGAGCCAGUCUGAAUGCAGGACUUUAGUAAAUUCAAGGCUGUUGAAAGAUUAGUCUUGAGCAUGAAUGACUAUAAAAGUGCAAGGAAAAGUCAGUCACGGGUCAUGCUCACAGGCAAAUUAGAAUUCAGUGCUGAAUAAUCAGGUGAGGUGUAUCUUCAAGUAAUACUGCUCACCCAUAAAGCUCCACAAGCUAAACAUGUCCUAGACUUUCAGCACAUUCAUGCCUUUUCCGGGAUCAUGUCCUAAGCCAUCAUAUGGAGGGAAAGUUGAUAAUGUAAGAAAGACUUUUUUGGUUUUUAAAAGAGGUGCUGUAGGCAUGCAAAGGAAACAACCUGAGCAUGGUUUUGUAUUGUAAUAUAAUAAUAUAACUUGCAAAAGAAAAAAAAAGAUUUUGUAUAUUUGCAUAGAAGAAAGAGUACAUUUUUAGCUGAAGAGAGAAAUGUUGAAAAUAUUUUUUCAAGAAGAAAUAAGUAUGGGUAGGCAUUUUGUUGUGAGCACCAGUACUGAUAAACCUGUGAAAACAAAAUAGUAAUUUUGUUUUGGUGUACAGAAUAUCACAGGAAGACAUACCAAAACAUAUUCAACUCUCCUUAUUUUAAAGAGACACUGCUGGUUUCCUGAUUAUGUAUUGAACAAAUAGUCAGUGUAUAUAGAAAUGAUUUGUUAUGGAUGCCUUCUCUUUAGGCUUGGUAUGUUUCACAACCUUUUUGUAUAUAUAUGACUACUUAUCCCUGACAUUUUCCUGACUUCUGAUAACCCACCAUACCCCAGAGGACCCUUAUGUUGAAGCCUGGGUCAUGUAUCCCAUGUAGAUUCCUUCUUGUGGAUCCAUUUGACCAUUCAGAUCCAACACUACCUGUAGGGAUCCUGGUAGCCACUUUUCAACCAUUAUUAAUUAGUCACAAUCUGCUGAAUGGGAUUAACAUUUAUUGUAUUUCCCUAUGGUGUGCCAGGAAGCUAAGAGGAUUUUGUUAUGUUUUGCCUAGGACAUCAAGGUAUGAAAUAAGAUCCUUCACCCUCCCUCCAGUCAGGGACGACUGUCCAUAGUACUUGAAUGCUCUCCUCUGUUGCUGAAGCUCUACCUGACUGCCAGGAACACCAGUGGCCCAUUCAGGCAUUCUGCUGUACGCUGGAAUGCUGUGGUUCACAUUGUUUCCACUUUGGUUGAAAGAGUAGGGUAUUAAAUCUGUCAUGAACAUUUUAGCAUCAGCUGUGACAGUUUUCAGCAGGCAUAUUAAUUCCCCACGUUUUACUGUAUGCAGGAGUGGAAUGAUUGGCAUUGCUGCCAUUAUAGCUGAACAGGGAGAGUACUAAAUCUGUUAUAAGCAUUUUUAGCAUCUGCUGUGCCACUUUUCAGCAGGCACUUUAAUUACUCAAGGUUUUUUUUCAUGAAACAUGUUCACUGUUAAUUUUUACUGCAAUGUGUGUUCUACUGUUGAUUUAUCUGAAGUCAAGGGUCAUAUGGUAAAAGUUUGUUGCACUG